UGUGACACUGCGGUCAGCGGGCGAAGUCCGACAGCCGAGAGGACGCGACUCUAACCCCGUAAACAGUCACUAACGAUACGUUAACGGCCCAGGCAUGCCUGUAGACAAUCAUUAACAUUCUAAGCAUGCCUGAGACAAUGAUUAACAGCGGGAAAUUCCACACUUUCUCCGUGCAAACGUGCACUGAGUGACAGUGAACAGUUGACGCCAGGACAAGUCUGACCUGGGACGUCUCCGCGCAAGUUGCCAGACUUUAUAUAUAGUGCAGCCGAGUUUGCCAGACAGUCCUGCCGUGUAUAAUAAUACAUAACAAGUGUGCUCUGACAGGGAACAGUUCGCUAGGACACGUCUGACCUCAGUCCUGGGAAGUCUUCACGCAAGUUGCUCGACUUCAGUGCAACCAAUCGCGAGUUUGACAAGACUCUGCCCGAGUGCAGCCGAGUUUGCCAGUCUGUCCUGCCGAGUAAAGUCAUGCCGGGAUGGGAGACUACUGGCUUCUGGUCAAGUUCCUGGUGCCGCUAGCUUUUACCACUAUCGCUAUAGACAUAGGAGAACAGGCGCUGAAUCGCGGCGUAGCGUUCUCGGAGAACGUGACAGCGAGUUACGGUCUGGCGUUCACCUUUACCAAGGUGCUGGCGGGCCCGGCGCUUGAGCUGAAGAACGUGGGGCUGGUGCUGGUGCAUGGACGGACGGACGGACGCGCGGCGCUGCUCUCCACAACCGCUCUGGGCUGUUUAACCGCAGGGAUUCACCUGGUCAUAGCCCUGACCCCCGUGGGACACCUGCUGUUCGAGAAAGCCCACCAGGUGGAUUCGAUAGUCGGGAAUGGAACCCGCAGAGCCAUGCUACUGCUUGCUGGGUACCCACUGCUGGAGGGACUGUCCUGGAUGUUGGCAGGCGUGACUCUGCAGCACAGACACACCGUGGUGGUGGCAGCCGCAUCCAUCGCUGACGUUUGCCUACAGGUUGUAGUGACGUUAGGACUGAUGGAGACCAGCCUACAGACAGAAGACCCCCUGCUGGUGCCCAUCCUGGCAGGUUAUGCCGGCAUCCUGACCCGCUUUGCCAUCAUGCUGGCCGGCUUCCUGUGGAAGGUCCUCCCCAGGAUGGCCCAGCUGCAGCCCCAGGAAGCGAAGGAGAGUUUUACUGUGCUGCGAGCGCUGAAGUUCUGGUGGCCGCUGGCGAUGGUGGCCGCGACGCAGAAGGUCAGCCGGCCGGUGUGCAACCUGCUGAUGUCACGCGAUCUGGGGGGACAAGCCGCCGUGGACGCAGUGGCUGUGCUAACGCUGACGUACCCUGUUGGGCACCUGCCGUACUCCUGGCUGAAUGAUCUCAGACUGGUGGGACCCGCCUUUAGAAAGGUCCUCCCCAGGAUGGCCCAGCUGCAGCCCCAGGAAGCGAAGGAGAGUUUUACUGUGCUGCGAGCGCUGAAGUUCUGGUGGCCGCUGGCGAUGGUGGCCGCGACGCAGAAGAUCAGCCGGCCGGUGUGCAACCUGCUGAUGUCACGUGAUCUGGGGGGACAAGCCGCCGUGGACGCAGUGGCUGUGCUAACGUUGACGUACCCUGUUGGGCACCUGCCGUACUCCUGGCUGAACGAUCUCAGACUGGUGGGACCCGCCUUUAGAAAGAAAGGAGGUCACAUCGUGCCUUGGUCAACGUUAAGGAAGUUUGCCGUCUUUUGUUUCCUGCUAGUCCUGGUGGUGUCGCUGUUGCUGUUCUUCGUGCCGGGCGUGAGUUUCUGGCUGAUGACUGUGUGGAUCGAGGCCGGACCCGAGAUCGCCCGAAUGUGCCGCGAACCGCUCAGGAUAUUCGCCUUCUUCGGGAUCCCAGUGACCAUCCGCGCACACCUGACGAGCUGGCUGAUGGUGUACAAGCGGACGUGGAUCCUGUCCCUCAGCUGUGUGCUUAGGCUGAUCGCGCUGAUUGUGUCACUCAUAGUUCUCCCCAAAGCUGGUGUGCGCGGAGGGAGGAUGGGGGUGGCGGCCCUGCUGACUGGGUUUUGGGCCGAAACGGUGGUCGUCAUCAUCGGAUUCUUCUUCAUCAGGAGAAAUAUCAGAGCAAAGGAGGAGCUGAAGGAGAGUGAGGAGGUUGAGAGGUCAUCAGGGUCACCAAGUGUGGAGGAGAUUAGAGAAGAGCUGCUCAGUCCUGUAGAAAGGGAAACAUCUGUAUGACACAAGUCACAUACAUCUGCUUAGAACGUGCUACAUCGAUGUACAUGUAAUCCAAUGUAUUUUUGCUCAGGGAGCAAAGAAAAAAGUGAAAAAGACUGGUGCAAUCAUUAUCACUAGGUACAAAAAACUGUAUAUUAUAUAUACAUAAAAUAAUGUAAAUGGAUCAUAGUAAAUAUAAAUUGUGCAUUAAGGUAACAAGGCCUGUGGGAUGGAACAUGUUUGAUGUUCAAGUCAGGGUUUUAGAACUUAAAGUUUGAAUCCCAAAUGCAAUGUAACGUUGUUAUUGUAACUUUUGCACAAAAUCUCGCUUGUACUAAAAGAUGGAUGACCUUUGA